UUACGUAGUUAGGAAGAGCUGACUGCUAAAGAGAAAAUGACAUCCCUAGAAAAAGUUGAUGAUGCCUCAUCACCCAUCCGAGGACCUGGAGAUGGCAUGGAAACAGAGCAGACGGCUGAAUCUGUGGAAGUAGUCACUGGAGCCAACACUACGAACCAUCACAUCCCCCACAGCCCACAUAAAAAGGCAGUCUCUUCCCCAAGUCCCGGAGUGCUGCAGCUAGGGAAAGUACCUGCUGAUAAAUCAGUGGAGGUUGAAGCUAUUCGUAUAUUAGUCCCCAAAGCAGCUAUCACCCAUGUUGUUCCAAGUAAAAAUGCUAAGGUAGCUAAAUCAGUGGGACAUAAAGGAGACGCAUUCCAUCAGUCAGAUGGAGCCGCAGAUCCCAAGAAAGAACAGAUCGAGCUGAAAAAUGCAAUCGAAAAGCUAAAGAAUUCAGAAAAGCGGUUGUUACAGGAUAAAGAAGGUCUCUCUAAUCAGCUGCAUAUACAGACAGAGGUUAAUCGGGAGCUGAAGAAAUUACUUGUUGCUUCUGUUGGGGAUGAUCUGCAGUAUCACUUUGAACGGAUGGCUCGUGAGAAAAAUCAGCUAAUCCUGGAAAAUGAAGCCCUGGGCCGGAAUCUGUCUCAGUUGUCUGAACAAUUAGAGCGCAUGUCUAUACAAUGUGAUGUGUGGCGAAGCAAAUUCCUAGCAAGCAGGGUCAUGGCUGAUGAGCUAACCAAUACCAGAGCAAUUCUUCAGCGUCAAACCAGGGACGCACAAAGUGCAAUCCAGGACUUGUUGAAUGAACGCGAUCAGUUCCGUCAAGAGAUGAUUGAAACACAGAAGCUGCUGGAGGAGCUGAUGGUUUCUCUUCAAUGGGGGAGACAACAGACAUACUACCCUAGUGCCCAGCCUUACACUACAACAGAGCUAGCAGCUGUGAAUUGUAAGCUAGCCAAAGCUGUAAGCUCGCAUCUUCUUGGAAAUGUUGGCACUAACAGUCCAAAAAAGGCUUCAACAUCUGAGGAAUUUUGCAAUACCCCUGCUGAGAAAAUGGCUGAAAUGGUGCUACGUGUACUGGAUCCAGCUGCACGUACAGAAACAUCAACAGAAGUUUCUCCAUCUUCCUUCCUUUCCACAAAAAAUAUAAUUGGAAGGUUUCACCCCUAUACAAGAUACGAAGAUGUAACUUUCAAUUGUUGCACUCACUGUCAAGGAGAGCUGAUAGCCCUUUAAAAAUGCAGCAAACGCAACUGUACGUGCACUCUUUCUGAAGAAUUACACUAGUUGAUGUUCAGCA